GAGACCACCGGUAUAGCAUGAGUGAAGAAGAAAACAUCUCCGGGAAAAAUGAGAGCGUUUGUCUGUGAUCAAAUAAAAUAAAUUAACGUUUAUUGCGGCCGAUGACUAUCUACUAUCUUAAAGAGACAAACACCUAUUUUCCGUCGAUUUUGUUGUGCCAAAACAGGAACUCAGAGACGCAAGCAAAAACAUACGCACAUCGCAACUGUGAAUGAGAAAGCUACAGGUAGUGAAUGAGCAUGACGACGUUGCUGGACCUGAAGAGCAGUGUUCUGAGGCAGGUGCAGAGGAGCCAGUCUCUGAGAGGGAGGAGGGAGCCAUCAGCCUCAGCAGCCAGCAGCAUCCCUGUCACACACUGCCCUGACCAACUACCUCACGGGCUGUCUGAGGGGAAUGGAGAGUUCUUUGUGCGUAUGAAUGGCAUCCUCCAGAAACAAGAGAAUCUGCUGCGUGCUGCCCAGGCUGAGUGCGAAGGGGAAGGUAACACAGCCGCACCACCAGCAGAGCACGUAGACCAGGCAUUCGUUCCAGAGAGGUCCAGCAGGAGAGAGCUGGACCUCCUGUAUGAAGAGGCUGUUUACACGGUAGUCAACAGGGUGGGCGUGCCCUCGCCAGAGUACGUCACCAAUGAAGGCGACAUCUUCAGUUAUCUGCUGAAGGUAUUUGAUAUGGGUCAGGAGGAACAUGACAUCAUUCUGCAGAGAGUCCAAGAAUCCAAGAGAGCCAGUUUCACCAUGAGAGUGUCUGUCAUGAAAGGGAAAAAUCUAAUGGCGAAGGAUGCAAAUGGGUACAGCGACCCCUAUUGCAUGCUGGGAAUCCUCCUGGGCCAGAGCCCCCGGGAGACAGAGGAGAAGAAGGAGAGGAAGUUCAGCUUCAGGAAGAGGAAGGAGAAGCUGGAGAAGAGGUCCAAUACCAAGGAGGUUCUAGCAGCCACGUGCAUCCAGGUGACUGAGGUCAAGCCAGAGACUCUCAACCCAGUCUGGAAUGAGCACUUUGUUUUUGACAUUGAUGAUGUCCACAGUGAUCUACUGCAUAUGGACAUAUGGGACCACGACGAUGACGUCUCUGUCGCAGAGGCCUGCAAAAAACUGAAUGAAGUCAGCGGACUUAGAGGAAUGGGCAGGUAUUUUAAGCAGAUUGCCAAAUCGGUGCGGUCCAAUGGAACGUCGUCAUCCGGAUCAUCUGAGGACAAUGCUGAUGACUUCCUGGGCUGCAUCAACAUUCCACUGAAUGAGGUUCCUGUGAUGGGAUAUGACAAGUGGUUUAAGCUGGAGCCCCGAUCCAGUGCCUCCAAGGUCCAGGGAGAAUGUCACCUGAUUCUGAGGCUCUUCACUACCCAGAGAGACACUACACUGAGUAAGAGGGAAUCCAAAGAAGUCAUUCAUAAGAAGAUGCUGAGUCAGAUUCUGGAGUACGAGCACGCUCAUAUUCAGAAAGAGCCUUAUAACUGGAAUGGGCAGGUGAGUCCUCCAGCAUGGACUGUGCUGUCCCAUCAUGCUGUGCAAACUGACCUCUCGCCCCUGCAACAGGCCAUCAUUCGCUGGCAGUGCUACAGCAGCCACCACCGGUCCCAGAGGAUGUGCUACACUCUGCUGCUGAGGCUCCUGAGGACCAUCGAUGCAGAGUGGGAUCCCCAAGCUGUGCAGGGAGACCUGGAGCGGCAGCUGUCGGACAGCUUCAGGCUGUACACGGACCACUGUCUGUGUCUGAUGAAGAGCAUGCGCCAGGUGUUCCCCUGCGCCAGUCCAGCCGCCGUCACACGCUGCGAGCUCAUGCUGAGGGGUGUAGGACACAUGCAGACCAUGCCGGCCUUCAAGACUGCGUGCCCCCUUCGAAAUGAACUGCAUUUGGAAAUUGCCACUGUUGUCAAGAAAGGUACAGUGGAGUGGUACGAGAGCACAAUUUCACAAUUCAAACCAGAGGACGGGGCUCUAGAGGAGCAGCUGAGGAGACUGGUCCAGGUGGUGGAUGCAGUGUGUGCAGAUGUACAGAGGGGACAGAACGUCUACAACAAGCUCUUCUACAGUGCUGUGAAAGUGGAUUUCUUCAGCAUCGCGUAUAGACAGCUGGAGAAACUGGUCGCGGACGACGUGAGCGUUGCCAUGGAGAAGGUGUGUGGCACUCUGGAGCAGGAGAGCUCCAGGCUAACUCAGACCAUGGGAGAGACUCUGUUAGAGCUCUACAUGUCUCUGAAAAUACUCAAACGCUUCAGAGAGUUCCUCCCUCUCAGGGACGCUAAGAUGAUGGCCUUGACUGGCUAUCACAACUGGUUUAAGACGUCUAUCCACAAGUGGCUGCAGAUAGUCCAUGACAAGGCUUGUGACAGGAUCCGCAGAGCAGUAGACAUGGACCAGCUGGAGCCAGUACAGCAGGCCAAACACAGCUCCUCGGCGGUGGAUGUGACAGCGUGUUUCAACCAGGUGCGGGAGUUCUGGAAACAGAUGUCCUGGCCAGACUCUGCAGGGGCCUUCAUCUUUGUCACCCGCCUGACAGACAAUUUCUGCAGCGAGGCCGUGUGUUACUCAGAGAUGAUAAAGCGCAAGAUUGAGAGGAGCCAGCAGGGUCGAGACAUCAAGAGCCUGACAGUGCAGCUGUGCAUCGCCCUGAACAACACAGAGCAUGUGCGUGUGUUCCUGGGCCACCUGCCUCGGGACCUGGACUGGCAGGGCGUGGAGCAGGCUAUGGAGGAGUCUUGUGGGGCAGAGGGGAAGGAGCAGGUCAACAAGGCCCUGAACGGACAGCUCUACAACGUGGAUGCGGACCUACAGAGGGAGGCCAAGCGCCUCAUCACCCACCUCACAGACAAGAUGCUUUCAGAGCUGAAGAGGUACCUCCAACACAUCAGCCUGUCCCCUGACUCCAUCAACAACGAUGAUGCCGUGUCCCCCCUCAUGAAGUACUUACGUGACACUUUAGUCAUCCUCAGCGAGUCUCUGGUGAAGGAGAAUCUGGCUAGAGUUCUCCUCGGCAUGUGGGAGCUGCUCCUCAGAAUGAUCCUAGCCACGGUGGCGGAGAACAUGGGAGUCCAGGUGGAGUUCUACAACCGCUUCCAGUACACUGUGGAGGCCCUGGUGCAGUUCUUCUGUGCUGAUGGAAAGGGACUUGCCAUAGAAGAUCUGAAGAACCAUGUCGACUACAAGGCUCUUGACGAGGAGCUGAGGCUGAACAAGUGUUCGUCCUUUGAGCUGAUCGAGCAGUACUUCCUGGAGAAGAUCUCUCAGCAGAGAACACUGAAGCACACCCGCUUUGGCCGCGUCAGUGUGAAGUGUUACUAUGAUGCUCCUGAGCAGAGGCUCACGGUGGAGAUCCUGCAUGCCGCCGAUCUCAUUGCCUUGGACGCCAAUGGGCUGAGUGACCCCUUUGUCAUCGUGGAGCUCUGUCCCCACCACCUCUUCCCCAUGGCCAAGAGCCAGCGCACCCAAGUGAAGCUCAAGACCCUGCACCCAGUAUUUGAUGAGCUCUUCUAUUUCCAUGUCAGCCCAGAGCAGUACAGGCACAGGUUUGCCUGUCUGACUUUUACCGUGAUGGACUAUGAUUGGCUGUCCACCAACGAUUUUGCCGGGGAGGCCUUGGCCCCGCUCAGUGACUUCUGUUGGCCAGGGAGACCCAAUGCCUCAGCGGCCGGAAAGACCAUCCAGCCGACCAUUCUGCACCUGGCCCGGAACAAACCCAGCGAGAAGCCAAUCAUGAGGAUUUUGGACGCACGGACGGGAGACGGAGAGGCUCAGGAGUUUGUGAGGAAGCUAAAGGAGAUUGAGAAAUCCAUGGAAGAGGAGUGAAGCUGUCAGCACUGGUCUGGUGUAUUGGUGUAUUCUGACUACGUCUUUGCCACAUGUGCUCUUGUACUUGUCGUACUACCCGUUUACAAUGUUUACAGUUUUCAAAUCCUCUUGUACGUGCACUGAAAAUGUCAUGUCAAAACACAGUGAGGCAUGACUUUUUAAAUUGGAAUACGAAUGUCCUGUCUCUCUGCUGUAUUUUUAUGCCUCAAAUCAAAUGCUAUUUGUCACAUGCGCCGAAUACAACAGGUGUAGACUUUACCGUGAAGUGCUUACUUACAAGCCCUUUCCCAACAUUGUGGAGUUAAAUAGUAAGAAAUAUCCAAGGGUCUUAUCUGAGAAAUCUGAGGAACAGCUUAUCCUACAGUGAAUAUUUUGUUACCUAAAGAGCUCAUUGAAUGUUAACUUUGUCAUAUUAUCUCUGUUAUAUUAUCUUUGUUGUAUUACAUCGCUAACGUUUAACUGAAUCAAAAACUAAUUUGCAACUGAUAUGUAUUCAGUCGAAUCAUGUGGGUGGAUCAAUCGUUGAAAACAAUUAUACUCAACUACCGUUUCUGAGUAUGUGGCGAAGUAGCACAAGGAUGUAACACUGCAAGGAAAAGCCAUCUGUAGCCAGGUUUUGUAAGUCAUCAGAAGGAGUAGUGUCACGUAUGGCUGCGUUUACACAGGCAGCCCAAUUCUGAAAUGUUUCAGAUCUUUUCACGCCAGCUCUUUUUCAGAGCUGAUCUGAUUAGUCGAAAGAACAAUAAGCUAGGGAAAAGAGAUCACAAUUUGGCUGCCUGUGUAAACGCAGCCUAUGUGACGCCAUCUGUGCUCAUUGAUGAUUGGAUGUUUAUAUCUCUUCAGAUUAUGAACCAUAUCCCUGAAGAAAAGAGUGUUAGUCCUCUAUUUGUUAUAUUGUAAAUGUGAACUACUUGUCCUUAGAUUGUAAUGGAUUGUGCUGCUGUUCAUUGUACCAUUCAAAUUAAAAUGUCUAUUAAUAAAGAUUGUAUUUGAAUAUGA